AUGCCCCUGUCGUGGAAACGCUUACAUCAUCGGUACCGCCGAAGUCACGAUGUAGGAGUAUGUAUACCAUGCCGCAGAAGACAUGUCAAGUGUGACUUCCUUCAUCCGAGCUACUCCGCGUAUAAAGCCAUUGGAGGAAACAAGGCUCGUGGUCUCGCCACCCCAGGUCCGCGAAAGCAUCUAUACACAGAAGAAGACCGUGUCUCUAUAAGCAUGACCCUGCAAUCCAGCCUGAUCUCGGGUCCAAUCUGUCACAGUCUGGAGGAGAUUGAACGUACAUCAAAAGUUGUUGCCUCGUUACCAGGCCAGCGCAAAUUUGUUGGCUCCUUGGGGGUGAUGGAGCUCAGGACGGAGCAAGUAGAUCCUCCUAGCUCUAUCUCUGUAAAUGCUGAUUCCGAUCCCACUGAGUCCUCCAGCGACCUAGGUAAUAGCCUAUCGGAGACGUUGCCUGGUUUCAUCAAUGCCUUGGACUCAACUUCUCCUGACCCGGAGAUAGACAAUGGCGCCGAGCAUAGGGGGGCCGCGGACGGAGCUAUGAUUUUGGAAGGGUUGCCCCAUACCAGCCCCUGCAUACGCCGAGACCUUUAUUUGGAAAACAUUACAAUUUCUGAUGCCCAAUCAACGUUGGCGCAUUUCAGAUAUAAAGUUAUUCCAUUCAUGUUUUCUUUCCCGCUCUACGAAAAGGCGCCCCUGGAGAUAGUAAAUACGCAGUCAGCUGUCGUGACUCUUGCUAACCUCAGUUAUAUGGGUGUGGAACGCGUUACCCAUGCCGCUUUGGCGAAUUUAUUGGCUUUGAUUGCAAUUUCUGCUCGUCAUUUUGCGGCGACAGUGAAGAGUGCCCAAAGUAGCGAUGCUUCACACUGGAAGAAAGUCAGCGAAGAAGCAUAUUCACAGGCAAGAUUCCACAUGGAAUACUCUUUUACUUAUAAGGAACAACUCAUGGCAAUAUCCGCGAUGCUUGGCUUUGCAAUUCUAUUUGACUACCAGAAAGAUGCUCGUGCCUACCUGGUCGAUUCCGAGCGCCUCUUAAGCUUUCGCGGUUUGGCCAAGAGAGUAGUAUCAAGGAACGCAAGGUUGCUACAUCAUAUUUACACGUGGAAUAGGACUCUCAUUGAGAGCUCGUUCGUUCUGCGCUUCAGUCAGGAUAGCGAGGUGGAAACGAACCUAGGUUGGAUACGUCCACCUUUGAAUACUCGAACGAAUCCAUCUUUGGAGCUAGAUGAAUUUCUUCAUCUCAAAGACUACUCAACUGACAGCAGCCUAAACGAUAUCCACCUUGAGGGUUCUAGAGAGGACACUAAAGCAAUGUACCGUCAGUUGUAUGGUGUGUCUGAAACGUGGCUUAGCCUCGUCUCGCAAACUACACGCCUUGCCAACGUUGUGAGCAAAUUGAAUUCGGGUCACGGGAGGCUGGAUGGUCCCUUGCGGGAGACAAUUGAGAGGAAAAGGCGUUGGCUUGAAGACAUGAUUUGGCAGCUCAUCGGGGGAAACGAGUAUCCCACCAAGGAACAGCCACGAAAACCUCCAGAUAUCACAACAAAACAGCCAAGAAGUUAUAUGACUCGUGCUUUGAAUCAAGGGCUUCUCAUAUAUUUCUAUUGA